GAUGUUGGUCAAACUAAUGUAGAUUUUAAUGCUUUUAGUAAUACACAAAACAUUCCAUUCGAACACGAUAAAACUAAUGUAUUUGAAACAAAGCAAGAAGCAAAUAUAGCUAUAUCACAAGAAUCUAACCAACAUGGUAUAAUUCCACCGCCGCCAAUGUUCUCUAAUUUAGCGAAAAGAGACAGUGCACCUAAUGUAGGUAAGACGAUAUUACCACCAUCUGUCGCUAGGAGAAUAGGUUCUAAUAAACCUACGAUAAGUCAUCAAGCACCAGCUUUUGCUGCGGUUGGUAAUAUAUUUGUACCAGCACCGAUGGCAGCAGAGAUUUCACCACCGAAUGCUUCGCAACCAUCGUUUAUGGGUAAUCCUACCAGUUUUCCUUCAACUUAUACUUCGCAAGAAGCAUCAGCUCUACCGAUGUCUACCUCAGUCCCAAGUUCCGUUUUAUCAACAGAUAUACCACCAAUGGCGUCUUUAGCAAACCCUCAAGUCGAUUCAUCUGGAGUACCUACUUUUGCAACUGAAAACCUCCCACCGCCACCGAAAAACGCAUUUGCUGCUCCUCCUGCAAUCUCAUCACAUGCAACAGUAACUACAGUACCAGCAAACCUGCCGCCUCCACCGAAAAAUGUAAUUUCGCCUCUCGAGGCACAUGCAACAGUACCUCCAGUACCUGGAAAUGUACCACCCCCUCCAAAAACUGCAGUUCAGCCUCCACCCACCAUGGAUACACAAGCAACAAUACAUCCAGUAAAUUUACCACCCCCACCGGAAAAUGCAUUUGAUACUUCUGCAAUAGUUUCACAAGCAACAGGAUCAUCGGUAACAGAAAAUAUACCAACACCACCGAAAACCUCUUUUGGAAGUCCACCCACUGCAGAAUCAGAAUCUUCAAUAACAUCAGGUGCUCAAUCUGUAUUAGCGCCACCGCAAUUUUAUACCCCAGGAGGUCAACAACAAUCUAUAAUUCCACCGCCAAUGACUGGUCCAACUAUACCACCGCCCACAAAUAUUCCUCUAUUUCCAAACACGGCAGCAUCAUCGUCAUCUAUGUCAACACAGAUGACUACUUCCAAUUUACAAAAUCAAUCUACCUCAGGACUUGCUUCAAACGCAGCACCUCCAACUGCACCACAGAUAUUUAAUCCUAAUCAGCAUGUAUCUUUACUGUCGAGAGAUAUAACAAACGAUCAAUUGCAACAAAUACUGGGGGCAACCCCUGUAGCAGAGCCACUUAAAAUUCCAGAACCACCGAAGGCUUCAGGUAAUACUAAUUUCAGGAUGACGAAGAAAAGGCCACAAUACUACUCAGGGCCUAUUGAAGGUGUCGGUGCUAUUAGUAACAAUGUAAAACCUACGUUGACGCCGGUAGCUACUACUGAUUUUCAAGGUGCUGUCUUUACACCAGCACCAGCAUCUAACACAGGGCAGGCAGAAUUGUUUACUCCUGAGACUGUUACUGUAAAUGCAUCAACUCAAUCAGCUAUUUUGCCCCCAGGAAAUAAUGACAAUCGACAACAAUUUUACAACUUUACACCUGUUGAUAUCAACCAACCAUCUAACACCAGUUAUCCAGCAACCGGAUCUAGUUAUGAUUAUAACACUACGUUUGACUUAUCUCGACAAGAGCCAGAUGCUUAUGAACCUCCGAAGCAAGAAUCCGCAUUUGGAAUAAUAGGCUCUCUAAAAUCUAAAUUGUCGUCAAUAGAUAUAAACAAGCUGCAGAAUAGCGUGACGACUUUCUUUGAUCCUGGAUAUAAUGCGGCAAAAACGGAGACAAUUGAAAAUACUCAACCUAACUACGGUCAGAAUCAAGGUUUAGAAAUAUUCGUACCCAGUCCGGACACGCAAGUGCAACCUUAUAAUUAUGACGUCCAUCAAAAUAAUUUUACUUACGGACAAGGAUCUAUACCUAACGCUAGUGACUAUUACAACCAACAAGCACAUAAUGUUUAUUCUACUUCUAGCUAUUAUUCGCAACCAAAUUACGGCACAGAACGUUAUAGCCAGACCAAUUUGUCUGUUCAGCAAGGUUAUAGUCAACAUCCCAAUAAUCCGAUAACAGUUGGAAACACCGAAACCUCACAAGGAGUGAAUGUAUGGGGCUCUUAUGACCCCACUACUGCCGGUUAUAAAAAGGAUUACACAGUCGAUCAUAAUAAUGUCACCCUUGCACCAGCACCUGCGGUGGCAGCUGAAUCUUCGCAAAAAGCUAAUUUAUGGGGUACAUAUAACCAAACGAGUACAGGAUUUGACCAACACAGUAUAAGUGAAAGUACUUUAAAUCAAUCAUCUACCGUUGAAACGAAUGCUACACCUAGUGUAAAGAGUACAUAUGAUCCAACUGGUUUUGGGUCUAAUGAAGAUAAUACAGCAAAUAAAAAUAACCUUACUCUUGGGCAAACGUCUAGCGUAUAUACUGAUACUACACAGAGUACGUAUGAUCCUAUAGCAAUAUCAGCAACAACAGCCUUUUGUGCUGGAGCUAAAAUGGAUAGUGUAACAGAUAAUAAUAGCGCUACUCGUGAACAAACAUCUAGUGCUCACACAAGUUUUGGAGAAACAGCAAAUUUGCAAGGCACUUUUGAUUCUUUGAGUACCACUUAUGAUAAGGAAACUGUAGCACAAGUUAGUAAUAUUAAUGAAGAAAUAAAAUUUACUGUUGGCAACCAAUCUGCACAAGAAGUAAAUAUAUGGAGUAGUUUUGACCCUGCGAAUACUGGUUAUGGUAAAGAAAAUGUAAUAGACCAUGAUACAAGUUCUGGUGGUGUUAGUUCAUUCUUCCAAGGUCUUGAAAGUGGUAUUCCGAAAAUGUUCGAAAUGCCAAGUGCAGAAAAUGUAACAGAAGCUAUAGAAAAUCUGCACCUAAAAGAUGACGGAAAAACAAAUCUUGAAAAUGUGGCUUUAGGACAACAAAACACGUCGCCAAAUAAAUUGUCUCAACCAAUUUUCUCUGGUAUAAAUGACACUCCUAAUAUCAAUGAAAAUAUCGAUUUCAAGAAAAGUGGUGCUAUGAAUUACGCAGAUAUGUUCCAAAACGCAGAUGUUCCUGAAUUACCCAGUGCGUUUGAUGCGCCAUUACAGACCCCUUUUUUGGAGAUACCGGACGGUGUUAGUGAAGGAUGUGUUUCCUGGAAUUCUAAUGAAGAACAAGUGGACGAGCAGUCAAUUGCUGAACGUCUCAUGACCUUAGACAACGAAGACUGUGACGAUGACAAUUUGUGCGCGGAGCAAAACGAGCAACCUGACAAUCUAGAUAUUUGUGAAACGUGUAGAGAAGUAAACCAACCUGUACACGAGGAUGAUGACUUAACUCACCAAAUGAUUAAAAAUAUAACUGCCCCCAUACAGUUGUCAAACCCGGUUGAAGUACCUUUGAGGGAAACUGAUGUAAAUCGAAAUGUUCCAGAUGAAUUUGAUACACUCAACCAAUGCGCAGAAAUAUCGCUCAUUGCUGAUGAAACUAUAGAAACGUUGCAAAUACAUUCAGCUGCAGAAUUGCUAAAUGAAAAUGAAAGCUCUAACAUUGAAACAAGUUACGGUUGGCGUGUCGAAGCUCCUUUGCCGCCGGGCGAAGACCUUUUGGACCAUGAUUAUACUUUUAAAACAAAUCCCAAUGCUAUAGGUUCAUUUGUUAACAACAAUUUAUUCUUUGACAAGUCAUCUGACUACGGUGAUAUAAAAACUGAAUUAAAUGUGCCUGAAAAGGAUGCUCCUAUAUUGUUUCAAAGUCAAAUGAGUAUCCCUAGUGCUCCGCCGGCUGAAGAUUCAGAUGACGCUAAAUCAGAUGAAACGGGCGUGCUAGAUGUCCAGUCGAUUGAACAAGAUGCAAGUAAAGAUUUCCCGGUGUUUGAAGAAUUCGUUAUUGAACCGUCUGAGGUUGAUGAUGACAAUAUUGACGUUAAAAGUAAAACCGACGAAGUAAAAGACACUUUUACAAAUAGGGUCGACAGAUUUAAGAAACUUGAGGGAAAUGAUGAUGCUACAGAUGAUUUCGCCAAUAUGACAAUUUCCAAUACGAUUAUGCCUUCGUAUUUUGAUACAGGUAACUAUGCCGUUGAGACGCAUAUAAGAAAAUCACUAACUUCACCGACAAUUGCAAGGAUACCACCAGGUUUUGAAGAUCAUUAUGAGUUGAUACCGAAGGGUCGAAAUCAACACGAAAUUGUAAAAGUACCUGAAACAUCGACACAAACAAGGAAUACUACAACGGUUAGUGAUGCCCACACAAAAUCUGAGACUUCGACGUCUACAGUAUUUUCCAAUAUUACUCCUUUUAUAAAUGAACCUAACAACAAACCAGAACCACAGUUGGAAUCAAAUUUGCCUGAUUUUACUAGUGCUUUUGGCACAAAUACCGAUGCAAGUGUAACUGGUGCUGAGAAAAGUAUAGAACCUACAAAGGAACGUACCUCUGUUAAUCCUCAAGUUAAUAUUGGAGAUAAAAUGCAGGAGAAUAAACCAGUGCCAUUACCAGACCCUAUAAAUUUCUUCGGAUCGUCAACACAAGAACCUGAAGCGACAGAUGGCGUGAACAGACUGGCGAGUUAUUUUGCGGCACCAGCAAAAACUAAUAAUACGAAGUCUUUUUUUGAGUUAAGCCAAGGACAAGACCAUUAUAGACAAAACGAAGAAAAAAAGGGAAGCAAACCUUUUUUUGAAUUAAGUCAAAGUCAAGACCAUUAUAAAGAAAAUAUUCCAAACAUUCCACACGACAGAUACAUAGCUAAUUUAAAUCUUAUGAAUGAUUUAACUUCUAUUCAAAACAUGGAGCCUAACAAAGAGCAAAUAGUUAGAACUGUCAACUAUUUCUCAGUAGAAUAUAACGGUAUUCUUAAUUUUAACAAUGGUGACCCUAGUAUUAACGUAAAAGAUAAUAUAAAUAAAGAACCAACCGACCAACCAGAUACAAAAACAAAAAUAAACGUAGAAAAAGAGGAUAGUAUUGAUAAAUGUAACAUAAAUAAAGAACUAACCGACCAACCGGGUAUAAAAACAGAAACCGAAGUAGAAAUAGAAGAAACUAUUGAUAAAUGUAACAUAAAUAAACAACCCACCGACCAACCGGAUAUAAAAACAGAAACCGAUGUAAAAAUAGAGGAAACUAUUGAAGAAACUUUAACAGAAAUUGUAAAUAAAUGUAAAUAUUGUAAAAAUUUAAAAGCGGGUCCCGUUUUGAGUAUUGACGGAGUAGAUUUAAACGCAGGUCAGGUUAGAUUUAAACAAGCUAUGGACAGCGGAAGUCCUAAGAAGGAAGAAGUUAAUAUGGAGACGAGAACAGAAAAAGAACAAACAGUUAAUGUCAAGAUGGAAGAUUUAGCAUCAGAUGGAGAUAAUAGCGAAGGAGUUGCUAUGAUGACUGAGAACCGUUCUUCGAACGAGUACGAGCCGGUGAAACACCACUGGUUCUACCGAGUGGACUGCGAAGACAAGUCGACAUGGCGCGGGUUCUCUCUCACAGACUCGAGGGCCAUAGAGAACGCGUUUCAGAGCCCAAACCUAAAUGAGAACACACUAGUCCCAACCGAUGGUGGGAGAUACGAUGUGAACGUGGUCGGUCGACUCAGAACAGCAGUCUAUUGGUCGGACAAGCCAACCAACGUCAGAAGAUGUAGCUGGUUCUAUAAAGGCACCACGGACGCGCGAUAUGUGCCGUACACAGAAGCUGUGGCUGAAAAAUUAGAGAUUGAGUACCGGCACGGUAUAACGACAGGCGAGUGGCACCGCCGCCUAGUGCUGCCAAACAACGAGUUGGUCGUGAUGCACGGUCCUGCCGUCAUGGUGCAUUUUCUCCAAACAGGUGCCACUGACGCGUUCAGUACGCCUAAUCAAUCUACAAUGCGCCCGCGCGUCGUCCGCCGCGGCAUCGACGAAUCGGAGAUCGAGGACACGGAACCGUCGAGUAUAGACCAUCUAUUGCUGCUCUGUCAUGGCGUCGGCUCCGCUUGCGAUAUGAGAUUUAGAGCUGUGGAAGAAGUUGUGGAUGAUUUCCGAGCAACGAGCUCGCAGCUGCUGCAGUCUCAUUACAGGAACUCUUUCGACAACGGCAUCGUCGGCAGAGUGGAGGUGCUACCCAUAUCGUGGCACGCGAGCCUCCACUCCGGUCCCCGCGGAGUCGACCGCCGCCUGGCACGAGUCACUCUCGCCUCGAUACCUCGCCUGCGAAGCUUUACCAACGACACUGUUCUUGAUGUACUGUUCUACACCAGCCCACACUACUGUCAGAUGAUCCUAGACACCGUAUGCAGCGAGCUCAACCGAAUCUACACUCUCUUCAUGUCGCGGAACCCGGACUUUAAGGGGCGUGUGUCGCUCGGAGGACAUUCGCUCGGCAGUGUUAUAUUAUACGAUCUGCUGUGCAACCAACCGAUUCCACGAAACCCGGUAAAGCCUCGAAGCGAGAAGACCUACAUCAGCGGAACGGCAGCUAACAACCCUACCAUGCAAUACCCAACACUAUGCUUCGAGCCCUUAGCUCUUUACGCUCUCGGCAGCCCUAUUGCUAUAUUCGAGUGUAUCCGAGGCGUGGACAUGUUAGGCAGUAACUUCUACCUGCCGACAUGUCGCAACUUCUUCAAUAUAUUCCAUCCAUACGACCCUAUAGCUUACAGAAUCGAGCCUUUGGUGAAUCCCGCACUCCAAGAUGUGAAGCCUUCCCUGAUACCGCACCAUAAGGGCAGAAAACGAAUGCAUUUAGAGUUGAAAGACACGAUGGCCCGAGUGGGUGCAGACUUGAAGCAGAAACUGGUGGAGUCCAUCAAAAGCACCUGGUCUUCCAUGUGGUCUUCAGCCGCGCCGCCGGACCAUCAGCUCGAGAAGGUUGUGGAAGAGGAGAUAGAAAAGGAACAGGUUGAGGAAGAGAAUUCGAAGGAUGAGCCCCUCCAACCUGACGUGACUCCGGGCGAGAUGUUGGGCCGACUCAACAACGGACGGCGAGUGGACUACGUACUACAAGAGGCACCUUUUGAGAUGAUCAAUGAAUACAUCUUCGCUAUGUCCAGCCACGUUUGCUAUUGGGAAUCCGAAGACGUGAUGCUUCUAAUCCUGCGUGAAAUCUACGACUCUAUGGGGGUCCAGCCUGAUGUGACCGUCCCACAGCAGAGCCUGACCGUACAGCGGACCACUAUAGUCAACGGCGGAGAAACUAUCGUGACAACAGAUGCGACCACCAGCCGUCUGUCGUAGUUAGGAAAUGUUCAGUAGGUAGCAUAAUAUUUAUUUAUCAUUAGAAAAAUAAUAAAAAAAUAGCAACAUUCGCAAUACUAUACUUGAAAUAAUGAAAUCUUUUCAACGGACUUGCUCUAUUAAUUAGGGUAAACUCGCCUUAUUCGGUGACACGCCUAAUUCAGUGAUACAAGCUUUGAAGCACUAUUCCGAAAAACGAUUUUUGGUUGUUUCAUUGAAUUAGGCGAGUUUACCCUAACUAAAUAUUGUAAGAUAAGAUGGGGUACUAACACUGGGGCAAAACCAGAGAUAUAGGAGAUCGGACAUCCCGGCGGUAUAGUUUGCACUCAAUAGAAUAAAUACUACGCGCAUGUGUGGCCGAGCUUUAAGAGCUUGCGACGCUCUUAAAGCUCGGCCACACAUGCGCAUUUUGAGAGCGCAGCGUUAGCGGAGCGCAAUGAUGGCGGUGCGCCGGGCUGAGCAGAUUGCGAGCGUAUUCAAGCGAGCGCGUUCUGCACAUGGUAACUUCUAAGCUUAUAUUUUGCAACUGUAAACUUCUAAGAAGUACUGAAUGAGACAUAAGAAAUCAAAACAAUAUUUUGGAAUAAAACAAAUAGCUAAAUGGUUAACAUUUCGACGACAACAACGUAUAGGGUACAAUCUGCAAUUUUUUUUUCAGAAAAUUGCACCUUACCCACCAACGUACAAGGUGC